GCUAAUGGCCCAGGAUUUUCAAGCUGUAAACACGCUGAAUCUCAAUGCCACGGCACCGCGAAGACAGGCCGUGACAGCCGCUCUCAUCGGACAGACUUGGAGAACCACCUUGUGAUAUUUUUUAUUUUUUUACACGGUUCGCGAAGCUGGAACCGACGGCGACAUCAAAACAUGGAGCUGCCUGACCCGCAUCAGAACCGACGAUGCUAACGUUAGCACAGCUAGCUAGCAGCCUGCUGUGCAUUGGCGCUUCAUGUGACGAGGAAAUGAGGAUCAUUGUCAUCUUGUUCUCGUGAAACCCGUGUCAUUGGUUGCACAGGCGACAGCUUCGAAGUCGUACGGUUGUCAAAAGGGCGAGGGGCACGUCUUUAGCUGAUGUAAACACCCUGUUGUCUCUAGCGUCUCCGUUAGCAGCUGCUGUUAUUGUCGGUCAUCGCUGAAAGUGGCACAGUUACGCUCACCAGCUUUCGAUCCGAGUCACUAGCUGAAUGGGGUGGAGUUUUCAUUUGUUUUGCCGCACAGGCUAGAAUAACAUUAGUUAUUUGCUGUCAGCGUAGGAAGAAGGUGUCAGACAUAAUGGUGUUAAGGAGUUGCUGGAAGUCUCGGCAUAAAAACAGCACUGGACGUGCGCCUUUCUGGAUCCGGUCAGGACUGGCAGUCCUUCUCUGGUUCUGUGUGGCACAGUUUACUUGCGGCAGUGAGGCCGUGGAGGAGAGCAAAAGUGUUGUCCAGAAAGAUGCGGAGUUUGAUGUCACCUAUAAUGACACGGUUACAAGUGCGAACCAAACCAUCUAUGCUUUCAAUCACACUGUCUCCAGGAAUAAGACGGAGGGAGUGCGUGUGACUGUGGAUGUGCUGUCACAGGGUUUCGAGAGUCCUAUCCUGUUUGUGGUACGACAGAAGCAGGCUGUCCUGUCAUUCCAGGUGCCCCUCAUACUAAGAGGCCUCUACCAGAGGAAGUAUCCUUACAAUCAUGUGGGCCGGACAUUGUGCCAGCCUCCGACCCGGGCAGCCUCCGAGACCCAGUACUUCUUUGUGGACGUGUCUACCCUGUCCAGCCAGGGUACAAACUACCAUCUCAGGGUCAGCCGUGUUGAAAGCUUCACCCUGCUGACAGACAAGAAAUUCAGCUUCACCGCGUCACCAUCCCAACCUCAGUACUUCAAGUAUGUCUUCCCAGAUGGGGUGGACACUGUGAUCGUCAAAGUCAACUCAGACAUGAACUUUCCCUGCUCUGUUAUGUCUGUCCAGGACAUCCAGUGCCCUGUCUAUGACCUUGACAACAAUGUGGCCUUCAUUGGGAUGUACCAGACUAUGACCAAAAAAGGCGCAAUCACUGUGCAGAGAAAAGAUUUUCCCAGCAACAGCUUCUAUGUGGUGGUAGUGGUGAAAACAGAAGACGAGGCGUGCGGCGGUCCGCUGCGCUUCUACCCCCUCCGUCCUGAUGAGCUGAUCGACGCCGGCAACCGCACCAAGGUCCUUGAUGUGGUCGUCUCCCCUGCUAUAAACUCGGAGGUGUAUGUGAUGGGCAUGCUGUUCUGUCUGGGUAUCUUCCUCUCCUUCUACCUGCUCACCUUGCUGGUGGCCUGUCUGGAGAACAAGCGAAUGAAUAUGAAGAGAGAGGUGUUUCAGAAUCCUGCUGACAUGUCGCCUGCUGAGACAGCCUCUCUGCUUGGGAAGAACGGAGAUGGCAAGACUCCAGCCUCACCGUAUGAGUAUGGCUCCUUUGCUGACAACGGCAGUACACUCAGUUCGGAGGCCAUCACUGACAGCGCCACAUCAACUGACAACAACUAUGGAUACAUGGAGCGAACGUUGGACAGUGUCGGACGAAGCAGGCAGGAGUCUCUGAGCUCCGUGGAGGAGGACGACUACGACACGCUGGAAGACAUCAACUCAGACAAAAACAUCGUCCGCACCAAGAAAUUUCUAUGUGUGUCUGACCUGGCCCGCAAAGACAAGAGGGUCCUGAGCAAGAAAUACCAAAUCUACUUCUGGAACAUUGCUACUAUUGCUGUGUUCUAUGCGCUGCCGGUCAUCCAGCUAGUCAUCACCUACCAGACGGUGGUCAAUGUUACAGGAAACCAGGACAUCUGCUUCUACAACUUCCUGUGUGCCCACCCCCUGGGAGCUCUCAGCGCGUUCAACAACAUCCUCAGUAACCUCGGCUACGUGCUGCUGGGACUCCUCUUCCUCCUUAUCGUCCUCAAGAGAGAUAUCGUCCACAAUCGCGCCCUGGUCCGCAACGAUCUCAACGCGCUGGAAUGUGGCAUCCCAAAGCACUUUGGUCUGUUUUAUGCCAUGGGAACCGCUCUCAUGAUGGAGGGCUUGCUCAGUGCCUGCUACCACGUCUGUCCCAACUACACCAACUUCCAGUUUGACACGUCCUUCAUGUACAUGAUUGCCGGACUGUGUAUGUUGAAGCUGUAUCAGAAGAGACACCCGGACAUCAACGCAAGUGCUUACACUGCCUACGCCAGCCUGGCCGCGGUCAUCUUCUUUUCUGUGCUGGGAGUGGUAUUUGGCAAAGGAAACACCGUCUUCUGGAUCAUUUUCUCGGUGAUCCACAUUUUGGCCACUCUCCUCCUCAGCACACAGCUCUACUACAUGGGUCGAUGGAGGCUGGACUCCGGGGUGCUCCGCAGGAUGGUGUACAUCAUCUACACAGAUUGCAUCAGGCAGUGCAGCGGACCUAUGUACAUCGACCGGAUGGUUCUGCUUGUAAUGGGGAACAUAAUCAACUGGUCUCUAGCUGCCUACGGCCUCAUAGAGCGACCUAAUGACUUUGCCUCCUACCUGUUGGCCAUUGCCAUCUGCAACCUGCUGCUCUACUUUGCCUUUUACAUCAUCAUGAAGCUACGGAGCAGUGAGAGAAUCCAGUGUCUGCCGUUGGUGUGUAUUCUGUUCACGGCCGUGGUGUGGGGCUUUGCGCUGUAUUUCUUCUUCCAGGGUCUGAGCACCUGGCAGAAAACUCCGGCAGAGUCUCGUGAGCACAACAGGGACUGCAUCCUGCUCUCAUUCUUUGACGACCACGACAUUUGGCACUUCCUCUCCUCCAUCGCAAUGUUUGGAUCCUUCCUGGUGCUCCUAACUAUGGAUGACGACCUCGACACCGUCCAGAGAGACAAGAUCUUCGUCUUCUAGAUGUAUCAAAUCAUCGGUGAUGAGCUCAGCUCUUCCUCUCUGCCUUAUCUCUCUCCGUUUGCAUCUCCUUCAUGUUCUUUAAAAAAAGCAGUCAGUAGCCUGUUGUUCCCCGGGCUUUACAGUGGGCACCUGUCUGCCUCUCACAGCCAGUCAGGGAAGGGCAGUAGCCCCUCCCUCCACCUGUAUGGACACAAACGUGCCAAUGAAGAGCUGCGUCGACGUCCAGUGAUGCUGAAGUGUUUUGUCCUCUCGCUGCCAUCAUCAGUCUAACUGUUGUGAUCGAUGUUUACUUACUGCUGACGAUGAAGAUAACAACGUACGCAUCCAAAUUAACUUAUUUUAUACUGUCCGCAUUACAUUUGACCUGCAAUGCAUUUUGAAAUUACUGUUUAUAUGCUGUGUGAGUGUUUGUACAGGUGUGAGUGUGUUUACAAAUGUAAAUGUGAGAACAUGAAUUCUGUCCAGUCUGUCAGUGGCCUUGAAUGUUCUAAUCAUGUUAGUCACAUACUGUGCUCUGAUUGGUCAGAUCCUCUAGCAGUCCUUCUCAUUGGAGAACAUAAUGAUUGUAUUAAUUUCUCGACUGCCCUAAAGUCGGAAUGCAAAGGGGUUUUUUGCACUGUACUGUAUGAAAAAAUGAUUUUAAUGUCAAACAUUGCAAUGAGCAGUUACUGAAUAAAGGCCUCAUUUUCA